GCCGCGGUCAGGGCCAUCUUUGGUUGUUCUCGCCGGUCGCACCACAGUCAGUGAUCAUUUGUGAUACGUAUCAAAUUGUUUGAGCGAUAACGGUUUGCAGAGAGUUUGCUUUAGUCGCUGAUAGGACAGCUGACUGGUUCUGAAUAAAUAUUUUGUUGUAUCAACACCGGCUCGCGUAUUUUUUUGCAGCGGAAAUUUGACUAAAGACGGGAGAUCCACUGUAAUACAACAUGGAUGAGGAAUAUGAUGUUAUCGUAUUGGGCACCGGACUCACAGAAUGUAUUCUCUCGGGGAUCAUGUCUGUGAACGGGAAGAAAGUAUUGCAUAUGGACAGAAAUCCAUACUACGGGGGUGAAAGUUCCUCCAUCACACCCCUGGAGGAGCUCUAUAAGAGAUUUGGGAUUUCAGACAGCCCUCCAGAGUCAAUGGGCCGGGGAAGAGACUGGAAUGUGGACCUUAUUCCUAAAUUCUUAAUGGCCAAUGGUCAGUUAGUUAAGAUGCUUCUAUACACUGAAGUGACCCGAUAUCUCGACUUCAAAGUGGUCGAGGGAAGCUUCGUUUAUAAAGGAGGAAAAAUCUACAAAGUGCCCUCAACUGAGACAGAGGCACUGGCUUCAAACCUUAUGGGAAUGUUCGAGAAGAGACGUUUCCGGAAGUUCCUCGUUUUUGUGGCCAACUUUGAUGAGAACGACCCCAAGACCUUUGAGGGUGUCGAUCCCAAACUCACAACAAUGGGAGAGGUGUACAAAAAGUUUGACUUAGGACAAGACGUCAUCGACUUCACAGGACAUGCCCUGGCCCUCUACAGGACAGACGAUUACCUUGAGCAGCCGUGUCUGGAGACCAUCAACAGGAUUAAACUGUACAGUGAAUCUCUGGCACGUUACGGGAAGAGCCCAUACCUGUACCCCCUGUACGGACUGGGGGAACUGCCUCAAGGGUUCGCCAGGUUAAGUGCAAUUUAUGGAGGAACCUACAUGCUGAAUAAACCAGUGGAUGAGAUCGUGAUGGAGGGAGGACAUGUGGUGGGAGUGAAAUCAGAGGGACAGGUUGCCCGCUGCAAACAGCUCAUCUGUGACCCGAGCUACAUCCCAGAGCGUGUGCACAAAGUCGGCCAGGUGGUCCGGGUCAUCUGCGUCCUCAGCCAUCCCAUCAAAAACACUAAUGAUGCCAAUUCCUGCCAGAUCAUCAUCCCUCAGAACCAGGUUAACCGCAAAUCAGAUAUCUACGUUUGCAUGAUCUCCUAUGCCCAUAAUGUGGCAGCUCAGGGGAAAUACAUUGCCAUUGUAAGCACUACGGUGGAAACCUCGGAUCCUGAAGCGGAAAUCGAACCUGCUCUGGAGCUCCUUGAGCCCAUUGACCAGAAGUUUGUGGCCAUCAGUGACAUGUAUGAACCUACAGACGAUGGUACAGAAAGCCAGGUAUUUGCAUCGCGGUCCUACGACGCCACCACUCACUUCGAAACAACCUGCAACGACAUCAAGGACAUCUACAAGCGCAUGACAGGCAGUGACUUCGACUUUGAGAACAUGAAGCGUAAACAGAACGACGUCUUCGGCGAGGACGAGCAGUGAGAGGUGGAGAAAUGAGGGAGGAGUGGAGAGCCAAUGCAGAGAUGAGACAGGCUGAACGUGAUUUACUGAGGUGACACAAAACAAAAUCCACGACGCUGUAAAUCUCUUUCAACCGGCCUCAUCUAUCCAUCCCAGCGUGCUCUUCGCUCGUUGUCUCCACACUCCUCCGGUGUUCCUAUUCAGAUGCAUACAGUUCAGCACACAGACACACAAAAGCUCUAUCGCUCACAUUCCACUACAAAGUCUGCACUACAAAGUGGGCUCACACCAACAUGCUAUUUUAGAUCCUCACACAAGCAGUAUGCAUUGUUUGUGCAAAAUAUCCUGUUGAAGUGAAACACGCGUCUUUCCGUUCUCUGAAUAUCGUCUUUGACUGAAGCCCGUACAUGUGAACGAUUCCUCCGAUAUGGAUGAAGACCGAAAAUGAUUUUUCAAGUAUCCCCAAUCGUCCUCAGACUGUUAGUUUAGCGUAGUGUUUCUCAACCAUGUUCCUGUAGGACCACCAGCUCUGCCAAUUUUCCACGUCUUCUUAACCAAACACACCUAAUUUAGUUUAUCAGGUCAUUAGCAGAGAUUUAAAGACCUGUAAUGGGUGUGACAGGUAAAGAAGACAUCCAAAAUAUGCAGUGUUGGUGGUCCUCCAGAAACGUGGUUGAGGAACACUGGUUAGCGCACUGUUUCCCAGCUUCAUGCGAACUGCAGCCUUCCUGUACUUUGGGAAAGUGUCAUAUAUAGAUUAUUAAAACACUAAAUCCGAGAAAGGAUGAUACUAUUAAACAAUUAUGAAGUCAAAAACUGAACUGACAGUCUCAUAUCAUUACAUUUCCAUUCCUAAACUUAUUUAAUUCUUUAUUAUUAUUAUUAUUUUGGACAACUAAAUUGAAUGAGAUGUAUAAAAUGCAGUAUAGAAGUGAAUCGUAAGCCAUUACCUUGUAAUUAACAUUUGUGCUAAUAAAAAAUAAACACUGAAAGGCCUGACAGUUUCAACAUUCCUCAUCCUCCUGCUAUUAUUAUUAUUAUUAUUUGUGGUAAAAUAAAAAAAAAAAAUGAUACAAACAAUGGAUAUCAAAUGCUAAUAUGUGAAAAAAAUCCAUUUGUUUGUUUCUGGGAAAAUAGUCUUAAGAACGUGGAAGCAGUUUUCUCUCCCACAGCUUCCAUAGUCAAUAAUAAUGUGAAUUUAAUGAAUAUCAGAUCUUUCGGGAUUUAAUAGUAGCCAUAUCCGAUGCUAUUCUGGCUUUUCCAUACACAGUUUCAGUUGUGAUGAACACUAUUCCUCUCCCUGUUUGCUGUAAAGAUCCUCACUGCAUCAUGCAAUCAAACCGCGUCUUUGAUUUACAUUUUAACAGCGGCUGACACAUUUACACUCGGUCAGUAGAAACCACUAGACAAACGUAGGAUAAGUCAUAUUCACCUGUAGCUCUACUCAUGCUCAUGUUUGAUGAUUUGCCAUUGAUAGUUCUAGGAAACACUAGCAGAUGAUCAUGGUGUGCUGUUUGAACGCUCACUGUACAGCUUCCAGUGUAGAAUAUACAAGCAUUGUCAUGUUGUUUUUCCGCCUUUGCUAA